CUCUCUCUCUCUCUCUCUCUCUUCAAUCAUUUUCUCUGCGCUUUCUCUCUCCUCUGUUCAAGUUUCGUUCUCAGGCGUGGCCUUCUCCUCUCAUCAUUCUUUCUCUCUUUUCUCUCUCACGAAAACUCCAUUGAUGAUCAUUUACAUUCUCUCUGAUCUGCAACACUUUUUCCCUCUCUGUUUUUAUCCUUCAUAAUCAUACCUUCACCACAGCUUUUGACGCUCUUUCAACCGGACAGCGACCACCGCCAUCCAUAAUUGUUUCGGUUUCAAGUUUUUUUUUCUAUAUAACCAUUCAUCCAUGGAUGUUUGGGAUAAACAACUGCAGGAAGAUCGACACGGCCGUCAUCGGAAGCAGAAUCCGUCCUUCUCUUCCUCUCUUCUUGACGCUAUUUAUCGCUCUAUUGACGAAAGCAACGGCGACGAGAGAGAAGAACAGGUGAUCUUGUACAGAGAGACUAUGAGGAAGAAGCAGAGCAUUGGUUUCGAAGAGGAUGAAGACGAUAGGUUGAAUUUCCGCCGCGCUUGUAUGAUUGAGAAGUGGAUGGAAAAGAAGGUGAGUGAGAAGGUUGUUGUUCGUCGGAGUUCUAUGGUGGAUUUCGAUCGGAAGGCGAGGAAUGUUCGCGAUCGUGAUUUUAAGAAAUUGAUGAAUUCGAGUUCGAGUUCUUCGGAAUCGAGUUCCGGAGGGGGAUUUUCUUCGUCCGAAUCGGAAACGAGGUCAUCUCCUUAUACAAUGCAAAGGCCGAGGCCGAUUAGAACAGAGAAGCCUCAAUUCGAGAAGCCGAAGAACGAAAACGGCUUCGUGAAGACGAAAUCGAAAGCCCUAAAAAUCUACGGAGAUCUGAAGAAAGUGAAACAGCCAAUCUCUCCUGGCGGCCGUUUGGCGACCUUUCUCAACUCGCUCUUCAAUGGAGGAAGUCCAAAGAAACAGAAAUUCACAAAUUCCGCCAAACAAAAUGACGCUUGUAUGAGAAAAUCAAAAUCCUCUCAAGGAUCGACGUGUUCUUCCGCAUCGUCGUUUUCUAGGUCCUGUCUAAGCAAAACACCGUCGUCAAGCGAGAAACUCAUCAACAGUAGCAGUACAAAACGAUCUGUGAGAUUCUGCCCUGUGAGCGUGAUACUAGACGAAGACUCUCGGCCUUGCGGUCACAAAAGCCUUCGAGACGAGCUCGGUCUAAUGGCGGCAGCGACAACUCUGCGAAACGCUAUCAGAAACGACCAUUGCCGAGCAGAGGAAGCUUCAAAAGAUCUGAUGAACAGUUUCCAAAAGAAGAUCAAUGACGAUGUGUACAUAAACAGAGAAGAAGAAGAAGAAGAAGACGACGACGAAGACGAAGAUGACGACGAAGAUGCAGCGAGUUGUUCGAGCUCUGAUCUGUUCGAAUUGGAUAAUCUCUCCUCCAUCGGAAUCGAAAGGUAUCGCGAAGAACUUCCAGUGUAUGAAACUACGCAUUUCAGUACGAAUCAGGCCAUCGCCGAUGGAUUAAUUUUGUAAUAA